GCAGCAGCUCGCAAACUCAGACGAGCUGCAAAGACGACAGAUGAAAAGGUAACCGCGUUGAAUUUGGUAACUGUACUCUGUAUUCGACCGUGCUGUUGUCUUUGCCUAUGAACUUCCCUGCGUAGGCAUCGCCUACUCAUAUUGCUGCAGCAGUGUAUACGAAGACCAAUUUCUGGCUUGGACCCAGAGCUGUGCAUACGAACAAUAUAAGUGACUGUGCACCCACCCAUCAUCCUUCGCCCUGGUCCCUCUACCUUCGUCAUGGAAGCGACCGGAAAGUUUGAUUUCACAGCCACAGCAGAGGACGAGCUCAGCUUCCGCAAGGGGGACGUUAUCAAGAUUUUGGGUACCAACGAUGACUGGUUCAAGGCGGAGCUGCAUGGACACGAGGGCUUUGUCCCUAGAAACUACAUCAAUGUGCGAUUUCCCAGCUGGUACCAGGAGAACGCCAGCAGGAGCAUGGCGGAGGAGAGCCUGAGCCCUCGGGAGGUGGGGGCCUUCCUGAUCCGCGGCAGCCAGAGGUCACCGGGAGAUUUCUCCAUCUCCGUGCGGCAUGACUCCGACGUGCAGCAUUUUAAGGUGAUGAAGGACGGCAAGGGUCAGUAUUACCUGUGGUCGGAGCGGUUCAGCUCCGUGAACAAGCUGGUGGAGUACUACAAGGGCAACUCGGUGUCCAAGCAGACGCAGAUCUUCCUCAGCGACGGCGAGCCGCAGCCGGGACAGAUGGAGAAACAAAACUGCUCCGUCCCCGUUCCCCAUAGGCCAGCUGAGCCUGUGCCGCAUGCUCAGAGGCCAGUCCUGCAGGUCAGAGCGCUGUAUGACUUCAUCGCUGAGGAGGCGGACGAGCUGCCCUUCAGCGCGGGGGACGUGAUCGAGGUCCUGGACCGCUCGGACCCGUCCUGGUGGAGAGGCCAGCUGCGGGGCAGGAGCGGCCUGUUCCCCUGCAACUACGUCGCCCCCGUCUGACUGGGCCCCCGGCCGGGAAGGGCCGCCGCCGACGCCGUGGCCUCGUGAACAACAGAUGGCUGUGACUCUGCUGUCACGCUGAGCAUGACUUGCCCCGCCCGCAGUCAUGCGCACGGCUCUCAGCAUCCCAGCAGCCUUGCACAACGUCUCUAAAUGCCAGACAUUUCAUUUUCUGAAGGGCUGAUGUAAGAUUUUUUUUUUUUAAAUUUUAUUGUUUAUGUUUAUAAUUUGUUUUAUGUUCAGUCUUUGACUUUGGGCCAGAAUCCAGGUGCCACUCUGCCCUUAACACUGAGUAAUUUAUUGUCAGCAAGUUUUUUUGUUUUUUUAAGAUUCUUGCAAAGUAUUUUUUAUGGGUCAGUGUAAGAAAUGAUAGAGGCUUCCUUAAAUUUGUUUCAGAGUUUAGAGCAGUAUGUCAUUGUGGUCAGACUGAAUCAGGGCCACGUAGUGUUCAAAUAUGUUGUUUCUUGUGGCAGUUGCCUGAAGGAGCGCUGUGGCAGAGAUAUGCUAGAUUACACUGGGGAAGUACUGAGCUCGAUCCUGUCCAAUCACAUGUGUGCAGUGUGCAGGCUGAACAAAGAAGAGAAGCAGGAACACACAAGCAGCACAGGCGGGGAUCGUGCACUCAAUGACAUAAAUGUAUUAAAAUGUCCUUUUUAAUAUCGGAAAGCUCGCUAAGAGAAAAUCUUGGUUGUCUUAAUUGCAUAUAUUGCAUAUAAUUCACAUUGCAGUGGGCCUUGUCACCGUUGUGUGCAGAUGUCUGCUUUCAGCCCUUUAAGGUGUGCCUGUCACAUUACCAGCUCUGUUUCCUGCUUGGGGCCUUCCAUGGAAUUAAAGCCAUGUUGAGGUGUCUGGUAUCUGGGCAACCAUCGCCAUGGUUUAUCUGUGAGGUCACAAUGGCGAUAACUUUUGAAGGAUGUGGCAUAUUGUCUCCUGCCCCAAAUGUGUACAUGGUUCUGCUCUGAACCACAGACCUCAUGGUGAUCUGUUCACACUGGCAGUUCAGUAGUGAAGAAAUUCACAAACUUUUAGAGCCCAUGAACCAUAAGUGAUUAUAUACAUUUUAAUAUUCAAAUGUAGCCUGACAUAUGAUUGGAUGUGCUGUAAAAAAUUAUAUCAAAUCACAGCAUGUGUACUGUAUCUCGUGCUGUGUAAAUGGUUGGCACAGACUGGUUUAAAAGCCAGUGGAAGGUGAAUUAUAUACAGACAGAUGGUUGUUUUCGUCUUGUGCAUCUCCCCACUCAGCCGUUCCCCACCCAUAGAUUGGAGACC